AACUCAAUUAAACACGUCAAUGUAUGCUUGGUCACAAUGACAGAAAAAAGUCUGCCUUGAUGGAAUACCACCGUUAAACUUUCAUCUGAGUCUGUGACCAUGACAACAGUGACGUCAAUACAUCAGACUCCUUGGAGUCACUAAAGAACGACAAAAAAAAAACAAAAAAAAACGACUCAUUACUAACCAAAGAGUUGUUUAAAAAGAACGAAUCGUUCACAAACUGCACAUCGAGAGGGGACAUUAUGUUAUUUUCCGCUACUGUGUCAAGUGUAACAAUGUUCCUAGCAAUUCUUUUGACGUUUCAUAACGUAGACCUGUCUCCAGCUUGUGGUCCAACUGAAUACAGAAAAAUUGUUGAAUGUUUCCCAGGAGACAGUGUCAGUGAAAAUUGUAGAGAAUAUAGAAGACCUCCCUGUGUUAGCUGUUUUAACUCCAACUUCUUUGAACGCAGUGUUCAUUUACUAUGUAUACCAUGUACACAAUGUGACCCCGGCUUUGGUUUGAGGGUAAAACAUCCAUGUAGACCUUCAUCAGACACUGUCUGUGAGCCACUGGAGGGGUUCUACUGUACAGACCCAACUAAGGAUGGUUGUAAAUCAGCCCAGAGACACAGCAGAUGUAAACCUGGACAAUACAUCAGACAGAAUGGAACCACAUCUACAGACACUGUGUGUGUCGACUGUACUGGUGACACCUAUUCAGAUGGAUCAUUUACAUCCUGUCAACCACACAAAAUGUUCCUAGCAAUUCUUUUCAGGUUUCAUAACGUAGACCUGUCUGCAGCUUGUGGUCCAACUGAAUACAGAAUAGGUUGUGAAUGUUGUCCGAUGUGUUCACCAGGAAACCGUGUCAAUAAACAUUGUACAGAAUAUACAAGUACUUCCUGUGUUCCCUGUAUUGGCUCCACCUACCUUGAUGAACCCAAUGGUCUUACAGCAUGUACACCAUGUACACACUGUGACCCAGGCUUUGGUUUGAGGGUAAAACAUCCAUGUAGACCUUCAUCAGACACUGUCUGUGAGCCACUGGAGGGGUUCUACUGUACAGACCCAACUGUGGAUGGUUGUAAAUCAGCCCAGAGACACAGCAGAUGUAAACCUGGACAAUACAUCAGACAGAAUGGAACCACAUCUAAGGACACUGUGUGUGUCGACUGUACUGGUGACACCUAUUCAGAUGGAUCAUUUACAUCCUGUCAACCACACAAAAUGUAACACCUUGAUGUUUCAACAAACUGAACCUGGAACUCAUUGGUCCAACUCUGAAUGUGGCCCACAGUAAUAAUUGUAUCUGCUGUUGUUGUGUGGUUCACUUUGACAACUGAUGAUCAUAAUCAUAUUAGUAAAACAAAAAAGAAACUGUAAGACAUUUUUCUUUUGCAAUUGUAUACAAUACAGUAAUUUUUUGAUUGCCUAAGAAUGAGCAUAGAGGAUUAUCUAGCACAGAAUUUUGUACAUUAAAAAAAAUCUCUAACUAGUAGUGAUGGGCAUUCCGAAUCACUAAAGUGAAAUGAAUUAUUCUGAUUCAUUUAAUUAAUCUUUUUAUCCAAGCACUUAAUCUUAAUAUCAUGGUGUGACCUUGUUUAUUAUAAUAGCACUCAUUUUAAUGACUAACAAAUAUUGUAAUGUUAAUGAAUUAACCUUGUUUAUUUUAUUCAACAAUUACCCAAUUAUUCAGUAAUACAGAAAAGUACCCUAAAGCAAAUGUAGUAGGCCGCUAUGAACAACAGCAAUAAAAAGUUAUCACUUUCACA